AUGACUCGUGUCAAUGAAAAGGAUCUCCUGGCGGUUAUAAUGCUCGAGACCGCCAAGACAACGGAGCCAUAUCCUAACAAGGAUAAUUUCAAGAAGUUCGCACGUGAAACAGGAACUAAAGCCUCCGCUUCUUCCUACAUCAAAACAUUCCGAAGAAUUGUGGACACUCUCGACACAGUCCGCAACUACAGUCUGGAAGAGAAAGCGCGGAUGCUGUUUAUGACGAGCACUCCGGUUGACGAGAAUAUGCUGGAGGAAAUGAGAGAAAUUGCGGUUAUUGAAGUAAACGAAGAUAAUCAAAUCAUGUCGUAUAAAUCGAAACAAGGACCGGAAGCGUUUCAAGGACAGCCAUGGAAGUUAAGGAAGAGAAGGAAUGGACAUAAAGUAAAGAAGAGCAGGCCGCAAGCAGCAGAUGAAAGUUUAGAGGAGUCCGAUGAAGAAGAGGUACUUGGAGCAGUUGUGGGACAAAAUGAAGAUUUGAAUGACUUGCAGGAGGAGCCAGAAUCCGAUCAGGUUGUUGAGAAAAGUGGAGAUACAGAAGACGUGGAGGACCCACUGAAUGAGCACGUGGAGGAUUCUGAGGUUCUGGAAGGAGCUGAUAACACUAUCAAUGUGAACUAUUCGGAUGAUCGUCAAUUGCCAGAAGAAGACUAUCAAGUGGAUACAGGUCUUGAUGGCAUUGUAACAGAACUUAUUCCAGAGAAUCUCAAUGAAAUUGUGGAAAAGUCUGAUAAGAUUCCAAAAGAAACCGAUGUAGCAGUCGAUGAAAUUGACAUGGAUUUUUUUCGGAAACAGUACUAUGAAGACUUGGAGGUUAUGGAGUCCCUGGAUCUGCAUAUGUUGGAUGUUGAUGAAGAAUGCGUCAAUGAAAACACUCUAAAGAUUCAGAAAGAAUAUUUCGGAGACUUGGAAGAACCAGUAGCGCAGCACAUGGAGAUCGAUGAGAUCCUUGAAGAAGCAAUCAACGAAAACAAUCCGAAGCCGGAAAGAAAAGACUCAUCCACACCGUCAGUCUUCUCUGAUUUUCCAUCUGAUGACGCCACUGGGGAUUCAGGAGGAUCAAUUCAAGAAGAUAUGGAUUCACUAAGUGAAUCACGAAUUGAAUACGUUGACAGUUUGGACGAAGAGUUUCUUAAUGAGUCAGUAGACAUGGAUAUCGACUUCUCAUUAGAUGAUGAUAUUGACUUGCUGAGCUCCUUAUCAGAUGAGACGAAUGAAGAUUAUGGAAAAAAUGAGCAGUUGAAUCAUCAAGUCGUCAGUAAUCCACCCAAGAAAAAUCUAAAACGGAAAUUGAAAUCCCAGGGAGAUGGGCCAAUUGCAAAAAAGAUCCCAGGUGGAGAACACGAAUCAUGGACCACCUUUCGCUCACUUGUCAAGAAUUAUGGUGGAAAUGAGAACCCGGAGGUGAAGGCAAUAUUAUCGAAUGAAGCCUUUCUGAAAUCUAUCAGCCCGGAAUUUCCAUAUUCCGAGAGAUCAAUCAGGGAUAUGCUGUCGAAAAAGGUCCAAGUGGCAGUGCAAACGGAUAGGGCGCCAACUUCUGUUCCCAGCUUCAUGAGAUUAAGUGGAUUCCACAACGCAUGGCUCAAAGCUCAAGAGCACCGAAAGAAGGCUCUAGAAGCCGUCGACGCACCACCAGCCCCUGAACCAGCUCCCAGCAAUCUCUUGAAAACAUCCGAAGCUCAGUCUAACUAG